AUGACGACGGUAGCAGAAAGAUGGGGACGGCGAUUGUUGUUCCAUGAGUGGACUACCUUGUGGAAGGUAGCGUUUGCCCUCGUGGCAGUGGCCGAUUUUUUGGGUUGCUGGCCGUUGUUCCUGGAAGGAUGGGUGUCAGCCGUCAAUCAGAACAAGCCAGGGGUCAGCAGCAGUCAGUCUUGGGAUACCAUGUUGAUUCAGCAGUAUAGAGAUCAAGAGGAAGAUACUUGUUCUACCUACUCGAUUGGGUUCUAUACCAUCUUGGGAAAAUGUCUCUAUACCCUCGACUGGAUGGGCCCACUGUUUUGUCUCAUGUGCAUAGGGGAGGCUAUGCGAAGAGCCCAACAAGCCCGAGAGGAUCUGCUAGAGUUGGCCGCCCUGGAUAAUUUUGAAAAGAAACUGGCGAGACUGUAUAGUUCUGCCAGAAAUGUACAUGCCCAAGAAGAGGAAGAUACCAUGUAUGACGAAGAUGACAUUCUGGCACGAAAGACACUCCGUUUUUGGACUCCUGUCGUAGUGACACUCUCAUUAUGGAGCCUCUUGAUGCCCUGGCACUCCAUGCUGGACACGAGGUGCGGGCCAGAAGCGGACACUGCGUUGGCAACCCAUUGGAUCAAUGAAUCUCUCAGGCAAAUGGCCAAGACAGCAGAAUGGGCCAUGGAAUGGGCCAUGGACGAGAUUAUGGAAUGGGUUUGGCAUCUCGUCUUGCCAUUCUCGUUCUGGCAACCCCAUAAGAUAUAUCAACGGAUCCGCACAUUGCUACGAUGGGUACGCUACUUUCGAUUUGCCGGGCCACUGCUGAGGCUUUUGCUCAAGCUGAAUGAUCAGUUUUGGGCCGUGCUAAGAACGUCCAAACAGGCAUGGCAGGCCAAUGCAGAAAAGGCCAAGCGCCUGAUCCAUCGCAGUAUGCUAUUUGAAGAUUUACAGAAGAUUGAGGCUAAAACCAAGACAAUGCCUAGGUUGUCCAGGGUCCCAACCAAAACUAUUGUCAGCAUGGCCAGCGAGGAAUCUGCCGAAGUGGGAAACAAAAUCAAAGAGAAACGGCAACAAGAGAAGAAAAUGAGACGGGAAUUGGACAACCUGAAGGUGCAAAUUGGAAGGUCAUCGAGGGUGUUUCCGACGUCAGAGAUCUAUGAUCGCAUCGUAGACUUGAGUCAAGAGUUCACAUCGACUGUGGGAUCAACGCUGUGGACAGCUAAUCUGAUAUCACCUAGAACGAGGUUCAGCGUGUCGUGGCGAGUCAUUGUCACGUGCGCUCUCGUCUCGGAGUUGUGUCGGAUGUGCACAUCGUUUCAACUGUACGGACGAGUGGAUGAGUCCUACACGACAAUGAUGAUCAGCGUUCUGGGUUGCGCCCAAGAUCGCGGCAACAUCUUGACGGCUACCGGUCGAUUGACACGAAAGAUCGUGCGGAAACUCAUACGGUUGCCCAAAGAACAGCUCUUGUCAACGUGUACCAAGUCAAGUAUAGCCUCGCAUUCCUUGGCGAAUAUCUUGUUGUACAUGAGUGGGGCAUUCGAAACCACCAUUGACUUGAUCUGCUUUGUGGACAUUUAUGUUUGGUUCUUCACCGGUGAGCUAGACCCAGAAGGUUCGGGUCAUGUCAUUCCCAAACCUUUCUUCUAUCGGUGCAUCAUUCCGGGUACACUUGUCCAAGUGUUGGAUCAUCCAACAGUCCCCGAAUUGCUACCCAACAUCAUGUACUACAGCGCUGUAGCAGCCAGUGCUGUGGGGUACAGCCGCCUUAUCCGGUGGGUCGUCGCUGUGGUGCCCACCAUCAACUCUUUCCUUGUGGACCCGAUUAAGAAGUUCUUGUUCCGUCCCAUGGAGGAGGAUGAGUGGCUUCGCUAUACGGAAAGCUUGGCUAUUUUCCCCGCCAUUUCAGGGGAGGACAUUCGCUACACUAUGUCCAUGUCACAUCCAAAUCUAUCACAUCUGGAUGAGCCUGAAUGCCGGGGCCUAUCACGUGCUCGAAGGUCGUCCAUGCUUGCAAUGCCUUCAGCAAGCGAAUACACGGGUGGUGUGCGGAGAAAAUCGAGUGCGUUGAAGUUUGAGACCAGUAGUUUUCUACCUCCUGUUACUGAACUGAGUCGACGGGAGUCGUCAUCUGCUGGACUCAAUCUCGAUAGCCAGCAUCUGCCGAGUGCGUUGAAGACCAGUAGUUUUCUACCAUCUGAACUGAGACGACGGGAGUCGUCAUCUGCUGGACUCAAUCUCGAUAGCGAGCAUGUUUCGAGUGCGUUGAAGUUGGAGACCAGCGGUUUUCUACCGCCUGAAGUGAGACGACGGGUGUCGUCAUCUGCUGGACUCAAUCUCGAGAACCAGCAUGUUCCUAUGAGUGAUGCUGCCAUGAAGAGCAUCAACGAGCUAUCAAGAUUUGAUGCUGGCGAGCUACCUGCUCACCCCAGAGGAUCUCGCCGCACAAUAGAAGAAGAGGAUGAACCUCCUCCAUUGGAAAGCUAUAAUUACAUUGAAGAAUAG